UAUACACACACACAUAUAAACGAAAACCUUAUUAUUAUUUAUAGAAUAGAUAUAGAUAUAGAUUUGAGUAGUUGAUUGAUUUAAGGGGGGGGAUGUCGCUGGAAAAUAUAGUGAAAGAAGCAUUGAACGCGCUUUAUCAUCAUCCAGACGACGCCGUUCGUUCUCAAGCCGAUCAAUGGCUUCAAAAGUUCCAACGUACGCUCGAUGCUUGGCAGGUGUCUGAUAACUUGCUUCACGAUGCUAGUAGCAAUGUAGAGACUCUAAUUUUUUGCUCACAAACUCUCAGAAGUAAGGUGCAACGAGAUUUUGAAGAAUUGCCAUCCGAAGCAUUCCGUCCACUACGUGAUUCGUUAAAUAACUUAUUGAAAACAUUUCACAAGGGCCCGCCUAAAGUUAGAACCCAGAUUAGUCUUGCUGUUGCCGCAUUGGCUGUUCAAGUCCCUGCUGAAGAUUGGGGGGAUGGUGGCAUUAUGAAUUGGCUUAGAGAUGAGAUGAAUUCACAUCCUGAUAUCAUUCCAAGUUUUUUGGAGCUACUCAGAGUCUUACCUGAGGAAGUCUUCAAUUACAAGAUAGCUGCUCGUCCUGAUAGACGCAGGAAAUUUGAAGAUGAACUUGCCUCUACAAUGGAUGUUUCUCUUGGCAUUUUGACAGCGUGUUUAAAUAUUCCAGAAUUGAAAGAACAGGCAUUGGAAGCUUUUGCAUCUUGGCUUCGACUAAGACAUAGGAUCCCUGCAUCUGUUCUUGCCACACACCCGUUGGUGCUAACAGCUCUCUCUAGCUUAACUUUUGACGUGCUUUCUGAGGCAGCUGUAAAUGUCAUUUCUGAAUUGAUACAUUACACAUCUGCAAGAAACUUAGAUGGAUUUUCUGUUCAGAUGCCUCUAAUUCAAGUUAUUGUGCCUCAAGUUAUGAAUCUGAAGCCACAACUUCGAGAUGCUUCAAAGGAUGAGGAAGAUGUAAAGGCGAUUGCUCGAUUAUUUGCUGAUAUGGGUGAUUCAUAUGUUGAAUUGAUUGCAACUGGUUCAGACGAAUCAAUGUUGAUUGUUCAUGCUUUGCUGGAAGUUGCUGCACAUCCAGAAUAUGAUAUUGCUUCCAUGACAUUUAAUUUUUGGCACAAUCUUCAAAUUUGCUUGAUAGAGAGAGAAUCGUACGCAUCACUUGGUAAUGAAUCAUUAAUUGAAGCAGAGAGAAAUAGACGGGUGCAUGUUUUCCGUUCAUCUUAUGAAUCACUUGUAUCCCUGGUUAGUUGCAGAGUCCAAUAUCCUCAGGAUUACUCGGGACUUUCGAAAGAGGACCAGAAAGAGUUUAAACAGACUAGAUAUGCUGUGGCGGAUGUCUUAAUUGAUGCGGCGUUAGUUCUAGGAGGUGAAACUACACUUAAAAUUCUAUACAUGAAGCUUGUUGAGGCUUUAAAUGGCCCCCAAAAUGGUGAUACGAUGGAUUGGCGGCCUUCAGAGGCUCAACUAUAUUGCGUCAGGGCAAUAUCCGAUCUUGUUCCUUUUGCUGAAGCAGAAGUCAUGCCCCAGAUUAUGUCGCUGCUUCCGAAACUUCCUCAUCAAUCACUACUACUUCAAACAGUAUGUUUGACUGUUGGAGCUUAUUCUAAAUGGCUUGAUGCUGCACCAAGUGGACUCUCCUUUUUGCCUUCAGUCAUUGAUAUUCUUGUUAGUGGCAUGAGUAUGUCUGAAGACACUGCUGCAGCUGCUGCAUUGGCUUUCAGGCACAUCUGUGAUGAUUGUGGGAAAAAGCUUUGUGGAUCUUUAGACGGUCUUUUUCAAAUAUACCAAAGGGCAAUGACUGGAGAAGGCUCUUUUAAAGUCGCAGCUCAAGAUUCUUUGCAUCUCGUCGAAGCUUUGAGUAUAGUUAUUACUGAGCUUCCUCCAGACCAGGCUAAGAAAGCCCUCGAGGCACUUUGCAUACCUGCUGUUACUGCAUUACAGGAAGUGAUUAAUCAGGGUCCAUUGGUAUUGGGUCAAAAACCUGCUCGUGAAAUCACUGUUCAUAUCGACCGACUUGCCAAUAUAUUUAGAUAUGUAAAUAACCCAGAAGCUGUGGCGGAUGCAAUUCAAAGACUUUGGCCACUUUUCAAAGCCAUUUUUGAUAUUCGUGCUUGGGACAUGAGGACAAUGGAAUCACUAUGCCGGGCUUGUAAACAUGCUGUGAGAACAUCUAAUAGAUUUAUGGGAGUUACAAUUGGAGCAAUGCUUGAAGAAAUACAGGGUUUAUAUAAACAACACCAUCAACCUUGUUUCUUAUAUCUCUCUAGUGAAGUUAUAAAGAUAUUUGGAUCUGAUCCUUCUUGUGCCGACUACUUAAAAGUGUUGAUCGAAUCUCUAUUUAGCAACACGGCAUGUUUGCUUACUAAACUCCAGGACUUCACUUCCAGACCAGAUAUAGCAGAUGAUUGUUUUUUGCUGGCUUCACGAUGCAUUCGUUAUUGUCCACAUUUGCUUUUCCCAUCUCCCGUAUUCGCAUCAUUGGUGGAAUGCUCCAUGAUUGGAAUCACUGUGCAGCACAGAGAGGCGUCAAAUUCUAUACUAAGCUUCUUGUCGGACAUAUUUGAUCUGGGAAAAUCAAGUCAGGGACAGCAGUUCAUUUCUUUGAGGGAUAGCGUAAUAGUGCCUCGAGGUCCAAGUAUUACCCGAAUCUUGGUUGCUGCUUCAACAGGCGCUCUUCCAAGUUCAAGAUUAGAAACGGUGGCAUAUGCCCUGCUAGCCCUAUCACGAGCAUAUGGGGCUAAAGGUGUAGAAUGGGCCAAGGAGAGCGUGUCUUUGAUUCCAGCUUCUGCCGCUACAGACAUGGAAAAAUCAAGAUUUUUACAGGCGUUAUCGGAUGCAGCAUCAGGCGUAGAUAUCAAAGGCUUGACGAUUCCAAUAGAAGAGCUAUCGGAGGUUUGUAGGCGAAAUCGCACAGUCCAAGAAAUAGUUCAAGAAGCAUUGAGGCCACUUGAGUUGAAUAUGGGCUAUGUAUCAUAGUUAUAUCAUGACGGGAAAGGGUCAUUUUUUUGUGCCUAAUCUUCUCUUUUUUUCAUUACUCCAAUUUUUAAGGGAUUAUAGUGGGGGGUGGGUGGUGUGGUGUAUAAUUGUUGUAAUUUGUGGGUAGGAUUUGCAGGAAAAGAUGUGUUGGAAUUGUUUUACCUAAAAUUUUGGUUGAGGCUUAUCACUUUUAAUUUUUCUUAUGUAUCCCACCCCUCUUUGAGAAUGAAUCAUACCUCUUCUGAUAGAAUUGUUAGAAUUUUGGUAAUAUAUGCCUUUCAGUUUCAGUAUUUGUUUA